CUUGUGACGCGUCACCUCCACUCGUUCACACAAGCUCUCCCUGACUCCCAGUCCCACGCUCUUUAAUAAUCUUUCAACUCCAUUACUCACUCUCUGUCCCUGAAGACAAUCGCUUACAGACAAAUCCAAUCCCUUCUUUGCUCUCUAUCUCCAAGCUCCGACUCACCUUUUUUAGGUGUCCGACGAGUUUCUUCAGCUUCAAACAGGUCUCUUUUUCGUUGACAAUUUAGCUCAUUCUUUCCUUCCAUCAAUAAACAAAUGGAGAUCUCUCUCUCUUGGCUAUAAUUUUGCCGCUUUCUUUUUAUGUAACUAUUUUUAUUUCCAGAUCUAUUUUUUGUACCUUUCUCUUUGUAUGCUCUUCCUCAGUUAAAGCACUUUUUGUACCAGUCUUUUUGUCACUGUAUUUAUAAAUAUAAGUAAUAAGAUUUUCGCUCAACUGAAGUUCGUAUAAACAAUUUUUAUUUAUCUUCUGAAGUCUGAAUUGUCCUUCUGAACCUCCAAAAUUACGAAAAUGCUUCGGUUUUUGCUCUCUUUUUCUGUUAUUUUAUCGUAUUUUAGUUGCUUCUCUCACGCGAGCGUGAUAACGUGCUCCGGGAUAGUACCGUUGAGGUACCGAAACGAUAAGAUAUCGAUCACCGAUUUCGGGGGUGUCGGUGACGGGAAGACGUUGAACACGAAAGCUUUUCGUGAGGCGAUAUAUCGUAUUCAGCAUUUGGGGAGAAGAGGUGGCACGCUUCUUUAUGUGCCUCCUGGGGUAUACUUAACCGAAAGUUUCAAUCUCACUAGUCACAUGACUCUUUAUUUGGCUAGAGGUGCGGUUAUCAAGGCCACGCAGGAUACUCAGAAUUGGCCCUUAAUUGCUCCCUUGCCAUCUUAUGGAAGAGGGAGGGAGCGCCCAGGAGGAAGAUAUAUGAGUUUUAUUCAUGGAGAAGGACUUCGUGAUGUUGUGAUCACAGGUGAAAAUGGGACAAUUGAUGGUCAAGGAGCCAUCUGGUGGAACAUGUGGAGGCAAAGAACUCUUCCCUUUACAAGACCCAAUCUCAUAGAAUUUAAGAAUUCUAGAAGCAUAAUCAUUUCCAAUGUGAUCUUUCAGAAUUCUCCUUUUUGGAACAUCCAUCCUGUUUAUUGCAGCAAUGUCGUUAUCCGAUAUGUUACUAUCUUGGCUCCAUUAGACUCUCCCAAUACUGAUGGAAUUGAUCCAGAUUCAAGCUCUAAUGUAUGCAUAGAAGACUCUUACAUCUCUACUGGAGAUGAUCUUGUGGCUGUGAAGAGUGGAUGGGAUGAAUAUGGGAUAAAUUAUGGUCGUCCUAGUUCUGGCAUCGUCAUCAGGCGAAUUACAGGAUCGUCACCAUUUGCUGGAAUUGCAGUUGGAAGUGAAACCUCUGGCGGAGUAGAGAAUGUCUUGGCUGAAGACAUUAACCUUUACAAUGUGGGAGUUGGUAUACAUGUGAAGACAAACAUUGGUAGGGGAGGAUUUAUAAGAAAUAUCACGGUGUCUGGUGUGUAUAUGGAAGGUGCCAGGAAGGGAAUAAAAAUAGCAGGAGAUGUUGGCGAUCACCCGGACGAGAACUUCAACCCCAAUGCUCUCCCAGUCGUAAAGGGCAUCACAAUUAAGAAUGUUUGGGGUGUGAAGGUCCUAGAUUCGGGUUCAAUAAAAGGCUUGAAGAACUCUCCCUUCACCGGAAUUUGCCUCUCCGACAUUAACCUUCAUGGUGUCAAAGGACCAACAUCUCCUCCUUUCAAGUGCUCUGAUAUAAGUGGAGUUGCUUAUCAGGUAAAACCAUGGCCUUGUUCUGAACUGACCAGCUCCCAACAGACUGGCUCAUGUUCUACUUACGUCUGAUUUGUUAUUUAUUCAUGUAAUUUUUCAACUCAAUUCAAAUUAUUAAUAAAGUUUGAUGAGUUUAUGCAUCAA